GACGAUAAAAUACUUCUGUUUCAUUGAUAGGCCAAUAAGUUUGUUAUCUGUUUAUGUUUUCAACAACUCAGUUGGAAACGGAGCUUUUUGAUCAGUCAAUUUUGAAAAUGUCGCAUCUACUUUGACAUCGUAACUUGAAAAGGGUACUUUUCUGUGAUUAACAAUGUCCAAGUCAAGUAAGUCAGAAUCUGUGAAGGUGGUUGUAAGAUGUCGGCCUAUGAUGGAGAAAGAGAUAGCAGAUGGACAUACAAGGGUUGUAGAGAUGGAUGUGAAGAAAGGUGUUAUUGAAGUGAAGCAGCCAAAAGCAAAUUCAUCAGAGCCUCCCAAAAAGUUUACUUUUGACUCGGUUUAUGACUGGAACUCCAAACAGAGAGAUCUGUACGAUGAGACUUUCUAUGAACUUGUGGAAUCUGUUUUAAAAGGGUUUAAUGGAACAAUCUUUGCAUAUGGACAGACUGGCACAGGGAAGACACAUACUAUGCAAGGUUUCAAAACAAGCAGGGAGGAAUGGGGAGUGAUUCCUAAUUCCUUUGAGCAAAUAUUUCAACACAUUUCCCAGUCACAGAACCAACAGUACUUAGUCAGGGCCUCUUACCUGGAGAUAUAUCAGGAGGAAAUCAGAGAUUUGCUUUCAAAAGAUCAAUCCAAAAGGCUGGAGCUGAAGGAAAGAACUGACACAGGUGUUUAUGUUAAGGAUUUAUCAUCCUUUGUGACAAAAAGUGUGAAAGAAAUUGAACAUGUCAUGAAUGUGGGUAACAAUAACAGAUCUGUUGGGGCUACAAACAUGAAUCUGCACAGCUCCAGGUCACAUGCCAUAUUUAUUAUAACCAUUGAAUGCAGUGAGGAAGGAGCGGAUGGGGAGAACCAUAUACGUGUGGGCAAGCUUAACAUGGUGGAUCUGGCUGGCAGUGAAAGGCAGAGUAAAACUGGGGCCACGGGUGAAAGGUUAAAGGAAGCGACCAAGAUCAACCUGUCCCUGUCCACAUUGGGUAACGUCAUCUCCGCGCUGGUAGAUGGGAAAAGUACACACAUUCCAUACAGAGACUCUAAGCUCACCAGACUCUUACAAGAUUCUCUUGGUGGGAAUGCAAGAACUGUGAUGGUGGCUAACAUAGGCCCAGCCAGUUACAACUACGACGAGACACUGACUACACUCAGGUAUGCAAACCGUGCCAAGAAUAUCAAGAACAAACCUAUAAUUAAUGAAGAUCCUAAAGAUGCUCUGCUUAGAGAGUUCCAGGAAGAGAUCAUGAGGUUGAAGUCACAGCUUGAAGGGAAAGGUGGACCAAAGAGGAAAAAGAAGAGAAGAUCUAAAAGAACAAGAGAAGGUCAAGUAAUUGAAGGUGAUGAGGAUGAUGAAGGGGAUGAAGAAGAAGAAAGUACUGAAGAUGAGUCAGAUGUUUACAUGAGGGAGCAACAGGCCAAACUGGAGCAGGAGAAGGAGGAGAUUCUUAGUAAUCAGACCCUUAUAGCUGAGGAGAAAGAAAAACUUCUGAAUGAACUAGGGGAGAAAGAGAACAGACUACAACAAGAGAGGGAACAGAGGGAUGUUCUGGCGACCAAGAUCAAGGCCAUGGAGAGUAAGCUGCUGGUUGGAGGGAAGACAAUUGUUGACCACACAAACGAGCAACAAAGGGCUCUGGAGCAAAGACGUAGAGAAAUAGCUGAACAGCAGCGCAAAGAGCGAGAGAUGCAGCAGAAACUGGAAGAGAAGGAGGAAACUGCUGUAGAGUUUAGAGAGACUUACCAGUCACUGCAACAAGAGGUGGAUGUCAAAACCAAAAAACUUAAGAAGCUGUUCAACAAACUCCAAGCCACCCGUCAAGAGAUACAGGACAUCCAGGAAGAAUACACUAAGGAGCGUCAGGAUUUAGAGCAGACGCAGAAUGAGCUGACCAGAGAACUCAAGCUUAAAAUGCUGAUUAUAGAGAACUUUAUUCCAACGGAAGAUAAAGUAAAAAUUCAGAACAGAGCAUACUUUGAUGAGGAUGAGGAUACUUGGAAGCUUAAGCCUUUAGCCAAUAAAAAUGCUGAAACAAUGGCAAAGCGUCCCACAUCUGCUGUGGGAAACAGACGACCAAUUUCUGAAUUUGCUAGAGUUGCUGCUGCUAUGGGAGGCAACCCUCGUUACAAGGCUGAAAAUAUUUUGCAAAUUGAGCUGGACAUGCCCAAUAGGACAACAAGAGAUUAUGAGGGACCAGCGGUGGCCCCCAGGGUCCAAGCUGCUCUAGACGCUGCCUUACAAGAUGAGGAUGAUAUAGAGAUCAAUGGCAGUAUGUUCAGCUCCAAGUCCUCAGCCAAAAAGAAAAGCUCAAGGUCAAAAACAGGAACAAAACGAGUUGAAGAACAAAAGUACCCAGUGUCUCGAGGUCUAGUACCCAAGUGAUUCACUUAUCCACCUUACAAAUCUGCUGACUUGUUGUUUUUCACUUUUAUAAUCAUUUCAUACCACAACAAGGAUAAUGUUCAUUGAUCUAGUGAGUCAACAUUAAGGCAGUUUGAGUAGUGUAUGAAAUAAAUAUCCCAACCAAGUUUUUAAAUUUGAUCUACGAAGAUAGUAAAAAUGUAUUGUCACUACUGAUUUUUGUUGGAUUCACCAUGAUGACAUAGAAUUAAAUAACCUCUUCAACUGCUUACCUAAGCAUAGCUUGACUAAGAUGAUGUAAAUCACCAGACAGUGGCAGUCAUCUUAGUGUGACUGUGCUAUAUAUUUAAUUUUUGAAACCAUAUGCUAUGUACUGAAUUGUCAACAGUAAGAGAAAGCUAAAAUUAGAGGAGGCUCUAGUAUAAAUUUGCCUAUGCGUUUAUAUAUAGCUGCGUAUGUUGUGAUAAAGAGUUUUGUAUAUUUAUUUUUUAUGAUGCCUUUGUUUUCUUUUCAUUAAACUUUUUAUGAUAAGGUCUACUAACAAACUUGAUUUUUUUUUAAUCUAUCAGUUAUAAAUUAUUGAAAGCUAGCUAUUCUGGAUUCAAAAGAUUUUAAAAUUAACAAUUUAGUUUUAAACUUCUAUGGGUAAUGCAUAAUCAUUUUUUAUAGCAUAAAUAUUUAUAAUAUGCAGAAGCUAGUAUCUGAUGACUUAAUAUUUUUUUUAAUCAAAUGUAUUUAUAACUAUUUUUACAGUGAAUUUCUUUUUCCUUGUUCACUGCUUGCUUCCGUCCGAGGACAUUUAAAUGCUCAUAGCAGUUAGUGGUGACAAAAUUUUGGUUUAGGGAGAUACAUCAUUUGAACUGGGGAAGCACGCAUUUCUUUGAUAAUAAAAAUCCUUUUAUAAUUUAGUUUGGAAAUAAAACCUAUGCUGUUUACUUUAUUCAUCAAUUCAGUUAUGAAAAUAGUUGAAAAAUUGUAUUGAUUUAUUUAAAUGUAUUCACUAGAUCUGGUAGAGUGAGAAAUAUAAAAUCUUCAAUUGUCAAGAAUUAAAAAAAGCCCAUGCACUGUGUAUUUUUAAGUAUUAGACAUUUGUAUAUAUUGAUUCAACAGCCUGUGAUGUUUCUACUCUUCUACAUUUUGAUUUCAUGCAUUUUUCUCAAACACAGCACAUUUUUCUAUCAGCUGCUCUCCAUGGCAUUAGUUAAUAUUAGAAAAAUAUCACUUAAUACAUUUUUUAAAAAUUGCAAACUGUUGAGCACAGAAUUAUAACUGAUAUUUUUACAAUCAGUUUUUAAAAGUUAAAAGAUCUGUACUGACUACUAAAAUUUUUCCACAAAAAUUUUAGUCUAUAGUACCGAUUACUGUAACAAAUGCUAUUACGAAUUUUACUUUAUGAUGAGUCCAUCCAUUUUAAUUAAUUUAUUGAGUUAUUUAUUUUACAAUUAUUUUAUUACUUGCAUAAUAUCUCACUGGUUUUAUAGCUGUACUUUAGUUCAUUUCAUUGUCUAAAAAGAUGGUUUACAUGUAUGUAUGUGAAUAUGAAAUGGAAUAAAUGGAUCUA